AUGAUGGCUUGCAAUAGUACUCCCAUGGAGACUUAUGAUUCCCUCUUGCUAAACAUGAGCAGCCUGUCUCCAGCAUCCAGAUCCGUAGUUCUAUCCACCCCCUUCAGGAUUCUGUUGGCUCUAGUCAUGAUGCUGAUGAUUGCCAUUGGGUUCCUUGGCAAUGCCAUCGUCUGCCUCAUCGUGUACCAGAAGCCCGCCAUGCGCUCAGCCAUCAAUCUGCUCCUGGCCACCUUGGCCUUCUCCGAUAUCAUGCUGUCUUUGUGCUGUAUGCCUUUCACGGCGGUCACCAUGAUCACUGUGAACUGGCACUUUGGAGCCUACUUCUGCCGCUUUUCAGCCAUGCUCUAUUGGUUUUUCGUCUUGGAAGGCGUCGCCAUCUUACUCAUCAUCAGCGUGGAUCGGUUCCUCAUCAUAGUCCAGCGCCAGGACAAACUGAAUCCCCGCAGGGCCAAGAUGAUGAUCGCUGCCUCCUGGGCUCUCUCAUUCUGCAUUUCUUUCCCCUCCCUGGUGGGCUGGACUUUCGUAGAAGUCCCUACGCGGGCCCCUCAGUGCGUGCUGGGUUACACGGAGUUCCUAGCAGACAGGGCUUAUGCCGUGAUACUGGUGGUGACGGUUUUCUUUGUGCCAUUUAGCAUUAUGCUUUAUUCCUACCUCUGUAUCCUAAACACCGUGCGCAGGAACGCCAUCAGGGUCCAUAACCACGCGGAGAGCCUUGGCCUGAGUCGGGAGAGCAAGCUGGGGCUCGUGGGUCUCCCCAGGUCAUACCCCCUGAACGUCGACAUGAGCUUCAAAACAAGAGCCUUCUCCACCAUCUUGAUCCUCUUCAUUGGCUUCUCCUUCUGUUGGCUGCCUCAUACCAUAUAUAGUCUCAUGUCUGUGUUCAGCCGCAAGUUUUACUACAGCUCUUCUUUCUACAUCACCAGUACCUACGUUCUGUGGCUCAGUUACCUCAAGUCCGUCUUCAACCCUGUCAUCUACUGCUGGAGAAUCAAGAAAUUCCGUGAAGCUUGCGUGGAGUUUCUUCCCAAAACGUUCAAGAUCCUGCCCAAAGUGCCAGGACGGACGACGAGGAGAAUCCAGCCGAGCACUAUCUAUGUCUGCAGUGAGCAUCAGUCAGCAGUUUAG